AUGAUUUCUGAUAGUUUGAUAGCGAGAGCCAUUGUAAGGCUUGUCGCGACAAUUUAUUCUUCAGUUCCAAUUAUUUCCUCCAUUUAUUAUAUUUUCUAUGUUACUAACCGUAAAUCAUUGUUAGUCGAAUUGUUUCCAGAUGCCUUUUCUGCUACUUUCAUGAAUUCGUCUGUAUCAGUAUUUUUGCAUUAUUGGUUAGGUUUCGAACUUGUUUUUCAUUUGUACUUCUUAAUGACAGUUACGAGAUUUCAAAAACUGUUGCCUCCAGUUGUUCCACCCAAACAUGUAAGGGCAGAAUUACUUCAUAACUGCCUUAAUACUAUCGAUAAGUUUGACAAUUGGAUUGAAGGCUGGUUUUCCGUUGGCAAACAAAAGGCAACGUUCGAUCAAAUUCGCAGAGAAAACCUUGAGGAAUGGUUGGCAUGGUGCUUCUUUGGCAGUACUAUUGAAGAAGUCCGUCAAAAUACAGAAUAUAUAACUGAAUUAUACGAAUCGAUCGUUACCAUUGAAAAUGUUAAAAAAGUUAAAUUCCCUGAAGGAUAUAAUCCCGACGUUCGAUGUGUUCGAUUAUCAUUGGAUCCCAUUAAAGCCAUUCCAAGACCUUUUGUAUUCUAUGUUGCAGUCUUCUUGUUGAAUUAUUUAUUUAACAUUAUUCUAAGACUUGCCGGCUUUGAACACUAUGGACUAAAAUAUAGCGUUUUAAAUGGUUAUUGGUCUAGCACACUUGAGUUCGAUAUUCAGGAGGAAACUAUUAAAUCAUCUCAAUCACGAAUCAGCUACUGGUAUUAUAAUCCCAAUUCUCAUAACGAAAAUGCACCUCUGAAAAAGAACCAUCAAAAGCAGCAGCCUAUUGUUUUCAUUCAUGGUGUUGGUGGUGGUUUAUUCUGUUACUUCAAUUUUCUCAGGAAGUUGUAUAAUUUGAAUCGCCCGUUAUUCUUGAUCGAACUUCCUCACGUAUCUAUGAGAUUAAUUGAAGAUGUCCCGACUAUGGAAGAAACUGUACGUGAAAUUGAAGAAAUGCUCAAGUCACAUGGUUUUCCCAAAGCCACAUUCGUUGCUCAUUCAUUGGGUACUGCGGUUUGUUCUUGGAUGAUUAAAGAAGCAAGGAAAAGUGUUGGUGGCUGUGUUUUGAUUGAUCCUGUUUGUUUCUUGUUACACUAUUCACAUGUAGCUUACAAUUUUGUUUAUCGUGAGCCAAAGGCUGCCAAUGAGUUGUAUAUUUCUCACUAUUUUUCUCGUCAUUUCCAUUGGUUCCAAUCGGCGUUAUUUGUAAAACAUCGUAAUGCUCUCCCGGCAAAUACGCAUGUUUAUUUAUCAGAACAUGAUAAUAUAGUUCCAUCAUCUGAAGUAUACAAGUAUCUUGCGAAAAACAAUGUUUCCGUUCAUAUGAUGCGUGGUUUGGAUCAUGCUAGUUACCUAUUCCGAUCAGAUUGGGAGGAUAGAAUUGUUAGCGACAUAUUGAGAUGUAGUAAUGCAUCAAGGAGGAAUUGGUAUAUUUGA